CGCCUCCUUUUCUUCCAUAUUCAUCCCUCGUUUGUUCCAACACACACAAAAAACAGAUCGCAAAAUUUGCAGAAAUGGCGACGGAAAAAAGCAAGCUAUCGGUUUUCCCGACCGACAGGGAAGAAGUGAAGGGCAUUUUCAACCGUUUCGAUGCCAAUGGAGACGGUAAGAUCUCCGAGGAGGAACUCAUUCACGUCCUGAAGGCACUCGGAUCCGACACGUCUCCCGACGAGGUGAAACGGAUAAUGUCUGAAGUCGAUACCGAUUCCGACGGUUUCAUUAGCAUCGAUGAGUUCGUCGGAUUCUGUAAAGGAAUCGCUAGAGAAUCUGAGGGCGACGGGAUCGAUGAUCUCAGGGAAGCGUUUAAGCUCUACGAUCUGAACAAUAAUGGACUGAUCUCCGCCAGCGAGUUGCAUCAGAUAUUGACUCGGCUGGGGGAGAGCUACACCGUUGAUAAUUGUGCGAACAUGAUUAAGUCGGCGGAUUCCGAUGGCGAUGGUUGCGUCGAUUUUGAAGAAUUCAAGAAGAUGAUGUCGAAAAACUCAAGUGACGGCGCACGGUAGGAUAGCAGGUGCGAUUACACUGGAUCUCUGCUCUCAUGCAAACUUUAUUUUUCCCCCUUUGCAUCUAGUCAUUACUUUUGGCAAAGUAUAUUGAGAAACUUAAACACAAUUCGUUUGUUUUUAUUAAGAUAUCAUGAUAUAUAAUGUGCAAGUUUUCUGGUUAAAUUACAGAUUUCAUGUAUAUCACAAUUUUGUUGCAUUAUAUGUAUUCAAUUUGUUCUAAAAUUUUAUCUACG